AUGACAGAUGGUGAAACUGACACUAGAAGUAUUGAAACAGGGUUUAAUCAGGGUGUAGUGAAAGAAUCCGGGAUAGGAUGUACUAACGGAGGGAAGGAAGGUGAUAAGGGACACCUGGAAUCAGAUAAGGAAGGAAAAGAGGUUAGUGACGAGAGUGUGGAAGAAGCAGACAGACAGAAGCGAAAGAUAAAGGAAAGUGAAUCAAGGUCAAGGAAAAGAGAGAUCGAUAUAAAGAAAACAGGAAAGGGGGAGAAGAGUCACGAGGACAAGCGUGAUAGUCAGAACAAAAAGGAGGGAUCUGAGUCCAGUAACAACGAAGACAGUAAACUGAAGAAAACAAAUGUUAAUCCCGAGAAAGAGGCGAGUAGUGCAAGCAGAGAAGACAAAAAGGAAAGAUCAAAUCCAAUAACAAAAGGAACAAAAAGUAAACGUGACAAGGAGGCAAACACAGAGAGUAGGAAGGAGCGAUCAAGGUCAUCUACUGAACGGAGUAAACAUAAAGAUGAAAAGAGAAGAACAACGUUCAGCACGUACAAAGGAAGAAAUACUUACAGGGGUAGGGGAAGAGACUUUGUCAGAUGGUGA